UGGUGGCCGCUUCGAGAACUGCCAAUCUCGCCGGAUAAACGUGCCUCUUGACCCAACUUAAUCCCGACAUCGGACGUCAAAUGCUCGUGACGACUUCACGCUCCACAUGACCGAACUCGGCGUCGCUUUUUUAACCGGGAAAUACCUGCCCCUAGCAUGGAGUCGAUUUCGCCACCACUCGGUCAGCCCGAACCCUGAAGCCGUUUAGCUUACUUAGCUAACAAAAGUACUUUAGCUCAUAUGCUGCACGUUCGUGUAGCUUCCCCCCCACCCCAACACCGCGCUCGCCGGGCGUCAACCCGACCAGAGUGUUUGAUGGAAAGGUGAGGGGCAAAACCAUGCUGGCAUUCCUCCACAUCCUGCUAACGGGUUUGCUAGGGGUUCUGCGGGACCGAGUCAUUGCCUUCGAGAGGAUCCGACUCGUGGACGGCGAGAACAAGUGUUCCGGCCGCGUCGAGAUUCUCCGACAUAACCAGUGGGGGACGGUCUGCGACCACGGCUGGGACCUCCGCGAGGCCGACGUGGUGUGCCUGCAGCUGGCCUGCGGCUUGGCCGAAUCGGCCCUCCACGGGGCGGCUUUCGGUCCGGGCCGGGGGGAGAUCUGGCUGAGGCACGUCCAGUGCUCCGGACACGAGUCCAGCUUGACCCGCUGCGCCGUCAUCCUGCAUAGUCACACCCACUGCACCCAUGAAAAUGAUGCCGGGGUGAAAUGCUCAGGUACCCUUUUCACCCCCAUCCUCUCACUAUUAUCACCCCACACCGUGUUCUCUUCCGGAGAGGCAGUCCGCUUCAGCUGCGGCGCCUUGUCGGGUCACCACGUCAGGGACUUCCACCUGUACAAGCACGGCGUGUCCACGCCCGUGGUGACCCAGCGGGCCGACACGAGCCAGUCACGGGUGGAGAUGACCGUCGCCGCCGUGGACACGUUCCACCAGGGCAGCUACAGCUGUCGCUACAGGGUCCAAGGCAGCUCGCCUUCUCAGCUGCUCCGCUCUCCACCGAGCAACUCCGUCAACAUCACCGUGGUGGAGCUCCUGACCCCCCAGCACUGGUACAACACGUCCUCCGAGGCCCCGGCCGGUUCCGUCAUCAAGGGCCACAGUUUUAACAUCACGUGCUCCACGCCGCAGCCGUACCCCGGCGGCUCCUUUCAGCUGCGGCUCAUCCGCCCCAACGACACCGUGCGCCACUCCCUGCCGGCCCUCAGCCCCUCCGUCACGUUCACCUUCGCCGGGGCGCAGAGCUCAGACGAGGGCUACUACUACUGCCUGUACCGAGUGCAGCUGGGGGGGCGCACCUUUGUCUCCAGAGAGAGCCAAGCCCUGCCCAUAUCUAUAAGAGACCCAGAUUCAGUUCUCAGUCCAGUGACGAUCAGUUGGCUGGUGUCCGGCCUGACGUUCGUUAUUGCUGUCAUUAUAAUAAUCGUUGUGGCCAAGGUGCUGUGCAGCAAGGAGAGGAGACCCUCCGAACUGGAGCGAGAGACCAGAUCCAGUGUGGAAAACACUUACGUUGCCUUGUCAAUUAAUAAGCGAUGAUGUCACGUGCACCCGAGCGCAAGGCUGAGUGGAGCGUAGAGACCGCGUCGGAAAUUAAAACGGAGCUCGGGUUUCUGCUUUACGACACUGGGGAAGCGGACCGUGGACAGAACCAGUUGGCUUGGCCGGCGACCCCAUAACGACAACCACUUACAUCGCAGAUCGGAUGGUACAAGUUUCCCACUGUAUUUUUAAUUUCUGUAUCGUCACAACAUCUGCUAACUUUUACAGCGUGUGGAGAUAUGGAAGCGUGAAAUUAAAACAAGCAAGUAAUUCUUUUGCUAGCCGCCUUUUUCCAAGAGUGCGUCUGUGAGCAGCCAUUCAGAAUUUUGCCUCGCUUGUGCGGUAACGGCGCAGCUGACUUCCAUCACCACCAACCCGAGUUCCUCCGCUCAUGACUUGACAGCUGAGCCGGCCGGGCAGAGGCCAAACUGCACAGAAGCACUACUAUGUCCGUGCCAAAAAGGUACGCAGCGUCGCGAGUCUUAGUACUUAGCGCUUAUCUGUUAGGCGAAGUUGUCUACGUGGGGGUCAGGGAGUAUUUGUGUUUUUGUAUGGUACGUGCCAGCACUAGUCAAAACAUGGUACUCUGAUUAAUACUGCGUUUGUGGAAUGGGUACUCAAUGGAAUAAUUCAUCGAUGUAAGGGGGACGGUGACAAGUUAAUUGCCUCUUAACGGUUUCAGUCAAAACUGAAUAUUAACUAUGGUAUGGCAGACUUCUUGUACUGGGGAUCGUCAUACAGUAUCGAGCAAGAAGUCGUGUUGUAACGCCGGAUAUAUGCAUACAGUUAACAAAAUUAACACAACAGGUCACGGCAAACUGCAGUUCAUUAUCUAGUUUGCUUUGAUACAUUUUAACACUGAGCGUAAAACGGUUUAAUCGUUUACAGAGAAGAAAAGUAUUUGAACACCCUGCUAUACUGCAAAUUCUCCCACUUGGAAAUCAUGGAGGGGUCUGAAAUUUUCAUCGUUAGGUGCGUGUCCAAGAAAAAUCCAGAAAUCACUAUGUAUGGUUUUUUUAACGAUUUAUUUGUCUGAUACAGCUGCAAAUAAGUAUUUGAACACCUGUCUAUCAGCUAGAAUUGUGACCCUCAAAGACCUGUUAGACCGCCUUUAAACGUCCACCUCCACUCCAUGGAUUAUCCGGAAUCAGAUGCACCCGUGUGAUGUCGUUCGCUGCAUAAAGACACCUGUCCGACCCAUACAAUCAGUAAGACUCAAACAUGUAACAUGGCCAAGACCAAAGAGCUGUCCAAAGACAGCAGAGACAAAAUUGUAAAACUCCACACGGCUGGGAAGGGCUACGGCGAAAUUGCCAAGCAGCUUGGUCAAAAAAGGUCCACUGUUGGAGCAUUCAUUAGAAAAUGGAAGAAGCUAAACAUGACGGUCAAUCUCAAUCGGAGUGGAGCCCCAUGCAAGAUAUCUCGGUGGGAUCUCAAUGAUCCUUAGAAAGGUGAGGACUCAGCCCAGGACUACAUGACAGGACUUGGCCGAUGACCUGACAAGAGCUGGGACCACCGUUUCCGAGGUGACUGUUGGUAAUACACCAAGACGUCAUGGUUUGAAAUCAUGCACGGCACGGAAGGUUCCCCUGCUUGAACCAGCACAUGUCAAGGCCUGUCUUAAGUUUGUCAAUGACCAUCUGGAUGAUACAGAGGAGUCAUGGGAGAAAGUUUAGGGGUGAGAUGAGACCAAAAUGGAACCUUUUGGUCAUAAAUCCACUAACCGUGUUUGGAGGAAGACGAGUGAUGAGUUCCAUCCCAAGAACACCAUCCCUACUGUGAACCAUGGGGGUGGUAUCAUCACCCUUUGGGGGUGCUUUUCUACACAUGGCACAGGAGGACUGAACUGUAUUGCGGCCAUGUAUUGUGAGAUUUUGGGGAACAGCCUCUUUCCCUGUCAGAGCAUUGAAGAUGGAUCGUGGCUCCGUAAGAAGCAUAUCAAGGUUCUGGCGUGGCCUAGCCAGUCUCCAGACCUAAACCCAAUAGAAAAUCUUUGGAGGGAGCUGAAACUCCGUGUUUCUCCGCGACAGCCCAGAAACCUUCAAAUUACUUAUUUUCAGCUGUAUCACACAAAUAAAUCGUUAAAAAAAAUUGUACAUUGUGAUUUCUGGAUUUUUCUUUUUAGAUUCUCUCUCUCACAGUGGACACGCACCUACGAUGAAAAUUUCAGACCCCUGCAUGAUUUUUAAGUGGGAGAACCUGCAAUAUAGCAGGGUAUUCAAAUACUUAUUUUCUUUACUGUACAUAAAACAUGGUGAGUCUGUCAUUGAAAAUAGCAAAGAGGAUUUUAAAAUGUGACGAUUUGACUAAAUCUGGACCCGUUGGACACGGGCGGGGCCUUCUCCAGCCGUUUUUGAAUUCAUGCUAAAUAAUAUACGUGGCCUAUGUACGGACAUAAAUAAUCCUCGCGCCUGAGGUGACUGAAAUCGAGCAAUUCGCGUUCAAAGUUCGCGUUCCGGCUCAAUUCGCUAUUCACGCACGUGUAUUGAGAGCUGCUUCGGGCUCAUUUGGCACAAUGUGACUUUCCAGCAUUUAGCAAAUUUAUGCUAAUGACAAACUCCACUAAUUUAUGUACCUGGUUCGACAGAGCAAUGAUUUAUGGUGUGAAUGUUUUUUUGUUUUAUUUUUCUUGUGAAAGUAACCCAUCUAUGCAUUUUGUCACUUGUGUACAUUGCUGCAUAUAAAUAUGUAAAUGUCAUUGUUGAAUAAAAUGCGAUUGGGACGAA